UUUACGGGAAAAGGCUGUUCGAAUUUAGUCUGGAACUGCUCUACUUUAGACUUUUUCGUGGUUAUUAAUCUGUACAAAGAAUCACCAAACUGAUACAGCGGGAACCAAACUAGCCAACCAAACUGCCGAGACAUCUGUAAUUUGCUCGAAAAAGGAACGGAGAACCUUUCAAGAAUACAGGAAGACAAUGUAUUUAAAAAUAUGCAAGAAUCACAGGAAACCCAAAUAUCCAACCACCUAGAUGAAACUGUUGCUGCUGUCAGUAUAACGCCUAGAAAGAAGAUCCAAAUCAAGCUGCCUCAGACAGCUCUAUUUCAGCCUCCUCGAGAGAAACUCCUUCAAUGUGAAGAGAAAGCCAAGUCCUAUUCCAGCAGUCAUGAAUAUAAACAGGCUGUCCACGAGCUCGUGCGUUGCAUAGCCCUCACAAGAAUUUGCUAUGGUGACUCACACUGGAAACUAGCAGAGGCAUAUGUCCAUCUGGCUCAAGGCUACCUCCAAAUGAAAGGACUGUCACUGCAAGCAAAACAACAUGCAGAAAAAGCCAAAGAAAUUCUCACCAACUCCAUUACACCUUCCUGUGAUGACAAUACAGAUGUUUUCAAGUGUUCAGUGGAGCUUUUUCAUACCUUGGGAAGAGCCCUAACCUCACUACAAAAAUUUAAGGAAGCUUCACAGAAUUUGACAAAAGCAGAGAGACUUUCAAAAGAGCUGCUGCAAUGUGGGAGAAUUAUAAAGGAAGAAUGGAUGGAAAUUCAAGCGCAGAUCAAAUUGUCAUUUGCACAAUUGUAUCAAGGCCAGAAGCAAUCAAAAGCAGCUUUGCCCUACUAUCAAGAGGCUUUAGAAUAUACUGAGAUCAGUAAAGGUGAAAAAACCCUUGAGUGUGUGCCAAUAUUGAGGGAAUUGGCAAGUGUCGAACAAGCCCUGGGGUUUCACGACUCAGCUGUCAACCAUUUCCUGCAGGCACACUUCAUCGUCCUGGGUAAAAAUCCCUGCCAAGAGGAGGCAGCCGACUCCGCACACUGUGUAGCGCAAGCUGCCGUCACUUCUGGGAGGCCCGAGCACCACGAUGUGGCUGAGCAGUAUUUUCAAGAGAGCAUGGCUAAGCUUAAGGAUGCUGAAGGGAUGGGAAGAGCCAAAUUUCUUUCAAUUCAGGAUGAAUUUUGCCAUUUUCUGAAAACCACUGGACAAGAAGAGAGAGCAACCUCGAUCCUGAACGAGUCCCUGGAAGCCAAAUUGGGAGUGUUCGGAGAUGUCAGCCCUGAGGUGGCGGAGACUUACCGGCUCCUGGGUGGGGCAGACCUGGCACAGGGGAGGCACAGCAGGGCACACAAGAAACUGAAGAAGUGCCUUCAGAUUCAGACACUCUUAUAUGGACCUCAGGACAAGAGGACCCUGGCUACCCAGCAGGCUGUUGACGUCCUGUCCAAGACUCCGGAGGUGGCCGUGAAGCCCAGGCAAGCUGAGAAAGCCAGGCCCGCGUCUUGUGUCGUGCAGGGGAAAGCCAGGACCAACGCAGCCGACUGACACUGCACUACCCCCAAGGAAAGCGGGGGUCAGGCCUGGGGACUUAUCCUUAGGUGCUCUAUGAAUCUCUCUCCAACUAGAAGAUGGAGUUCAGCAGUCACUCUACAGAUCUUCAAGGCUGUUUGCUCCCGUUUGCAACCGUGAGACCAGAAACCGCACACAGGCCACGUUUUGACAGUGGAUGCCCUUCAGCUUGAGCUGGUGCUUCUAUAAAGUACUUUUAAUUUUUAACCACCUAAGUCUUUUUCUUGCUAGCACACUUUUACUCCUCAGCACUACUGUUGCCUGAAAGGUUUCCCUGUGAAAAUUUGAAACUGCCUGUGUGGAAAGUAGACUUGGCAUCUGAUUGUACUCAGCCCCUUCUUGCCGUAGGGCUGGAGUCAGAUUUGGGCAAGAAAAUUCUGGAGAAAGCCCUUUCUCAUAGGAAGGUUUAAGGACUGAGAAUAAAAUGCUUAUAAAAGGAGACUUGGAA